UGCGUGGGUUUCCUGUAGCCAGAAGCAGCAGAAGAUGCUCAGACCAAAAACCCAGAGCCAUUUUCAUUCAAGGAAAAGAGACGAUUCGCAGCAGAUGGCUCACUGACUGCGUGGACUGACAACACCCGUCUGAUAUAUCCAGCUUUUUUGUUUUAAACCACAGGCUGUCCGCGUGCUUUUGGGGGGGUAUUUGAAAUCCGCAGUAAACCGGUGUAGUCCACAUUAAUAGACUGAUCACAGGAAUGAGUAUAGAAAUUCCUGAAGGACUGACGGAGCUGUUACAGAGCUUUACCGUGGAAGUUUUGAGGAAUCAGCCCAGGGAUUUGCUCGAGUUUGCGCUACAGUACUUCACCCAGCUGAAGGACCGUGAGACCAAAGAGGCCUCAUUUGGCAAUGACCAAAAUUCGGCCCCAAGACCUGGGAAAGCGGUCAAUUUCAUUGACGAAGCCAUGCAGAUCGACUCUGAAAACGGAGAGGAGGAGGAGGACGACGACGACGAUGACGAGGAAUUCACAGCCCCGGUAAUAAACAGAUUCAUCAGGCGAGCGUCAGUUUGUGCUGAGGCGUUCAAUCCUGAUGAUGAUGAGGAAGAUAAAGAGCCAAGGGUGACUCACCCAAAAACCGAUGAGCAGAGACAGAGACUACAGGAAGCGUGUCGGGACAUUCUCCUGUUCAAGAAUUUGGACCCAGAACAGGUAUCUCAGGUGCUAGAUGCCAUGUUUGAGAAGCUGUGCACAGAAGGGGAACACGUUAUUGAUCAAGAUGAUGACGGCGACAAUUUUUAUGUAAUUCAAAGUGGGAUGUUCAAUAUUUAUGUGAAGGUUGACGGUACAGAAAAGCUGGUGGGCUGCUAUGACAACAGAGGCAGCUUUGGAGAACUAGCGUUGAUGUACAACACCCCCAGGGCGGCCACCAUAAUCGCCGUCUCACCUGGAGCCCUUUGGUGCCUAGAUCGUCUGACAUUCAGGAGGAUCAUAGUGAAGAACAAUGCCAAGAAGAGGAAGCUGUAUGAGGCGUUUAUCGAGACGCUACCAUUGCUCACAUCAUUAGAGCUCUCGGAGAGAAUGAAGGUUGUGGACGUGCUAUCGACCAAGGUGUACAACGAUUCACAGCAGAUUAUUGCUCAGGGUGAUUUAGCAGAUUGCUUCUACAUUGUUGAGUCUGGCCAAGUUAGAAUCACCAUGAAAAGAAGCAGAACAAAAAAAGACCAGGAGGAAGAGGAGGUGGAAAUUGCAACGUGCUCAAGGGGCCAGUAUUUUGGAGAGUUGGCACUUGUCACAAACAAGCCCAGAGCUGCAUCAGCUUAUGCUGUGGGGAGCGUAAAAUGCUUGGUUAUGGAUGUUCAAGCCUUUGAGAGAUUGCUGGGCCCGUGCAUGGACAUCAUGAAGAGAAACAUUGCUAACUAUGAGGAGCAGCUGGUCACUCUGUUUGGAAGUAGCCCUGAGAUUGAGCAACAAUGUGUUUAAGACAACUCCAAUUACCCAUGAAUCAGUGGAUGAAAAAAGAGGCUUGUGUGGAUGUUUUUUUCCCCAUGAUCACUUGAAUGGCUUUUCUUAAAAGAAGUGUGAGAAUCCACGGAUACAUUUGUGUAUUAGGUCAACAAAACACAUUAUGUUAGGUUCCCAUGUGAGACGGAAUUUGCCACAACGUGUUAAAACUAAAUAAAGCCAAAGCUGCCGUGCUGAACGCUUGUUUAAAUUAGAUGUCUCACAACUCUCACCUUAAAUCUAAAUGUGUACAUUUCACUCGUCAGUGAUGCAUUGUUUGUUUGUACACUGAACACUUUCUUUAGCUCUCUUCUUAUCUCCACAGUGUUAUAGUUACACCUACACUAUAAUAUUAUUUGUGAAUUAUGACGUAUUAUUUGUUAAAACCAGAUGCCAAAGCAAAUUUCUUACUGGAUCUUUGUGAGCAAAAAUACACAUUCUGUAACACUGGCAGCAUGUUGUGUUGUGGUACAGGAGCGCUCAACACCAGGGAGGGUCAAAAAUGUGUAACGGAAGUGGAUUUGAAUUCUGUGAAGAGUUCACAUUUUGAUCACAGCAGAAUGUAGACUUGGCACUAUUGUAACAUUUUUACAUGAUACAUUUUGCUUUUCAUAACAUUCAUCCCCUUCGAUGCAUUUUCAUAUACAUAGAAUUUUAUUGGCCUAACCCACGCUUUUUUUUUUGCAUAAACCCCAAACAAUUAAAAAAGCUUUCAAAAAAUCAACAAACUUCAGAGAAUUAGCUGAUAAUUUUUUAAUGUAUAGCCCCACCUUUAAUUUAAUAAGUCACCACUCUAGAAUAGCCACUAUAGGCAAUGUCCUGAGACAAUUAUCUUUCCCCGUGUCUCAGUGUCAAUUUAAGUCCGUUUUUGUGUCAAUGAAACAUGUAUUAUAUUAUUAUUAUUGUUAUUACAACAACAACAUUGGUUUUUGCCGUCUACCUCUGCCAACAACUUAUAUACUCUUUUGAAACACAUGUUCUGAUGCUCCUCCAAACAGGAAUCUGAAGUACCCCCUCUUUUCCUCCCUCCUUUAAAAUGAAUAACUGACAUUUUCUGUAUUUAGUCUGUAGUUUAUUGCAGCGUUAGCUGUUUGAAGCUGGUUUAACAUUUAAAUAUUCUGAAUUUAUUUCUCCCCUUUGUGCAGGUAGUAGGCUACUGGUCAUUUCUGAGGGCAUAUCCAUUAUACUGGAUGUACUGGAAGUACUGUGUGUUUCACUUUUCAUGACAAUAAAUUAAACAUUUUUAUAUA